CUUUCGCUGGGGGAUAGUACGCUCGUGUGUUCGUUCUGGACGGAAAGCAGUGAAAUAUGGAGAUGAGUAAAACGAUUGGAAUUGCUGCCGGUGUCGCUGGGACGCUGUUCCUCGGCUAUUGCAUAUACUUCGACCACAAACGCAGGAAGGAUCCGGAUUUUAAGAAAAAAUUGCGCGAAAGACGAAAGGCCAAAAAGGCAGCAGCAUCGACAGGGCCAAGGACAACAAUCCCUAACCUGACAGAUCACGAAGAAGUGCAGAGAUUCUUCCUGCAGGAAAUUCAAACCGGCGAAGCGCUCAUUGCGGCCGGUGAUAUCGAGAACGGUGUGGAACAUUUGGCUAAUGCAAUUAUUGUUUGUGGUCAGCCAACGCAACUGCUACAGGUCCUCCAGCAAACGCUGCCAGCUCAGGUGUUCGCACUGCUGAUCACCCGCAUGCGACAGUACGGCAGUCAAUCGAGCGAGAACGAGCGGAGCAAGCUUCAGGACAUGAACGAUGAUUUGGAGUAAGGAAAAACCGGCCGUGUCUAGUUGUUGUGGGUCUUUAAAGUAGUUAAGAUCGUCACGAAAAAAAAGGAAGAAAAAAAACCGAGAGCCGUAGGAACACCAAGAGCCCUUUUUCAUCCUACACCUCCUUAUAAAUAUAAAACUGCCUAACCGGGAUUAAAGCAGCAGCAAAUAUCGUCGUAAACUAAUCGAACAUUUGUUACGCAUCGCUAAUUGUCACCAUCAUAACCCACUUCCCGUUGAGGUUCAUCAGCUACCUGAGAAAAUUUCCUCGCACGGAAACUAAACUACACGGACCUGGCAGGGAUGAUCACUUCCGUCACGCUUCUUACCUUCCUUUGCGCUCGAUUCCCAUUCUCGAGCACCACGACGGCGUAAAUUCGUAACCUAUUCGUAGUAGAACUAAAUCAGUUUAGAUAUAAUGAUAAAACAAACAAAGAACACCUACACACACGGACAUUAAAGGCAAGACAUCUAUUUUGCGUAGAUACACGGAAAAAGCGCGUGUUGUUUCUCAUUCUCCGCUCGUAACAUCAUCUGUAAAGGUUCUUACGGUAAUGGAAAAGCACCAUUUAAAAGGUGAGGUUCAUCUCAGUUCCAAUCAGUAACGCCAGUAAACGUUCAUACAUUCAUUUCCAGUUUGAAACGUUAAUAGUUCCCCAUUUUAAAAGCAUUUACACAGAGCUAGGAAAAUGCAUUAUUUGUUCGCAUUCUAAAUGCGCAGACUUCAGCAUUAAUUUGUGACCGUGUGCUUCCCAUCUUCCCAACCCGAUCCUCAAGUUAAAAUUCUGCCCCAGGAAUAAUGUACGCACACGCUCAUUUAUGCCAAACUGAAAAGAGAACCCUCCCCCGGGGGCAUUGUUUGCAAGCUCUGCUACAUACGAUGGUGGAGCACGGAAUAGAAAACGGAAACGGAUAUAAAACGAAGGCAAAGCUAACCACCAUUUUUGUGAAGGGUGCAACUACUUGUUGAAGCAGAUACAUGAACUAUAUGAGCAACUGAUAGCUUUUCGGGAGAAUAAAGGAUAUCCAGUGUUAUUUCAUGAAACACGUUUAGCGUUGAAA